GAGCUUUUUGUUCCGGUUUUCAGUUUGGGUUGGCAGAGUGGCUGCCAGCAGAGAGCGUAAGUUCCCCCUGGCGGUGGUGGACAGACGUGUCCUGAAGCCACAGGCCACGUCCCCCAAGGGACGCCUUGGAGGACUCGGGGAGGGACGGAGGUGCCCUCAUCAGGCAGAGGGACGGAUGUGCCCUCAUCAGGUGACUCUGCUGCCAACCCGUCAGGUCUUGCCGGCUACUUUUUUCUCAGGUUGAGUUCACUGUCUGUCUUUGUGGCAGGUUUUGCCAGUUACUAGGUUCUAAUCUUUGCUUCUGAACUCGUGUUAAACGUUUACUGUGUGUCCGUGUUCGGGUCACAUUUGUAUUGUCCCUGUCUCUGUUUGAGUAACUCUUAUUAUGGGACAAAGCCAUUCCACGCCUCUGUCCCUGACUCUUGAACAUUGGACUGAUGUCCGUUCAAGGGCCCAGAAUCUUUCUUUUUCAGUGAAAUGCCGGACCUGGCAGACACUCUGCGCUUCAGAAUGGCCCACCCUCGGAGUUGAAUGGCCCCCAGGAGGGUACUUCCACCUCCCUCUAAUCCGCAAAGUCAGAGAUAUUGUCUUUCAGCCGGGGCCGCGUGGCCAUCCAGAUCAACAGCCAUAUAUUUUAAGCUGGCUGGACCUCUGUGAAUUUCCUCCCGCAUGGGUGAAGCCUUUCCUUGUCCCAACCCCCACUCCAAUCCCUUCCCCCAGGAUCCUAUCACUCAAACCUUCCGCUCCUCCCCCUCGUCCCUCCGUUCUCACAGGAUUUAACUUUACUGGACUCCACCCCCCCUCCUUAUCCUCUACCCAUGCUCCCCAAACCCCCAACUCGUCCUAGGUGCCUCCUGCCGCUGACUCAGCCUCUCCGCUGCUAGAGGUAAUUGGACCAGAUCCAAGCCCUCCUGGGGAUCUCCCCAUGGUAGCAGCAGCAGCUCCUCCCCCACCAGAGGAAACCGGGCCAGCUAAGGGAACCCGCCGGCGGCGACUAAUGGAAAACUUGGAUGCCCCUGUAAUGCUUCCUCUUCGUCCCUAUGGUCCCACAAUAGAUGAUGGGCACAGGGGGGAGAUGCAGGCUUACCAAUACUGGCCUUUCUCCUCAGAUCUAUACAACUGGAAAAAUAACAAUCCCCCUUUUUCUGAGGACCCCACCUGACUUACAGGUUUAGUCGAGUCGCUGAUGUUCUCACACCAGCCCACUUGGGAUGACUGCCAACAACUUCUGGGGACUCUCUUCACAACAUAGGACCGAGAGAGAAUCCUCUUGGAAGCCAGAAAGAAUAUUCUUGGACCAGAUGGGCGACCAACCCAACUCCCCAACAUCAUUGAAGCUGGCUUCCCCUUAAACCGACCCAACUGGGACCCUAACACCUUUGAAGGUAGGGAGCAUCUGUCCACUUAUCGGCGGGCUCUUAUAGUGGGUCUCUGAGCGGCCGCCAGGUGGCCAACUAAUUUGGCCAAGGUAAGAGAGAUUAUACAGGGACCCAAUGAAUCUCCCUCAAUGUUUCUGGAGAGAAUUAUGGAAGCAUAUAGGAGGUAUACUCCCUUUGAUCCUCAGGCAGAGGACCAAAAGGCAUCUGUUGCAAUCGCUUUUAUUGGGCAGGCUGCCCUAGAUAUUAAGAAAAAGUUACAACAUUUAGAUGGAUUACAAGAUAUGACCUUAAGAGGUUUAGUUAAAGAAGCUGAGAAAGUAUAUUAUAAGAGAGAAACUGAGGAAGAGAGGGAACAGAGGAGGGAGAAGGAGAGGGAACAAAAGGAAGAUGAAAGGAGCAAAAGGCAGACUAAAGCAUUGGCUAAGGUCCUGGUCACAGCCACGGAUAGGCCAGAAUUGUUUACCAAGAUCCACAAUGGAGACCGGCGCCAUCUUCUAAUGGCGGCAACGGUCUACCAACACGGCUCACCACACCUGGGCCCACGUCAAAGGCUGCCCCUGGCUUCAGAUCAAUGUGCCUACUGUAAAGAAAAGGGACACUGGGCCAAAGAGUGCCCCAAAAAGAGGCAGUCACGCCAGCCUGCCAUGUUGACUCUAGAAGAUGACUAGGAAAGUCGGGGCUCGGAUCCCCUCCCUGAGCUCAGGGUAACAUUUGACGUGGAGGGGACCCUAGUGAACUUUGAAGUGGAUACAGGAGCAGUAUAUUCAGCCCUUAAGACCCCACUGGGCCCUCUAUCUAAUAAAAGAUCCUUAGUUCAAGGGGCUAAUGGCAGCAAAUAUCGGGCUUGGACAACAAAGAGGACUAUGGACCUGGGAAAGGGAAAAGUCCAUCACUCCUUCCUAGUAAUCCCAGAAUGCCUGGCCCCAUUAAUGGGCAGGGAUCUGCUCACCAAACUCCGGGCUAAAAUAACUUUUAACCCUGAUGGUCCCCUAGUGGAAUUUCUAAAUCCUUCAGUAAAAACCCCCAUAGUCACGGCUUUGACUAUGUCAGUAGAAAAUGAACAUCAAAUCUACACGGCCCCUGGGACUGAUCAAACAGGCAAACUACCCCAGAAAUGGAUAAAAGAUUAUCCUGAUGCCUGGGCAGAGACUGCUGGGUUAGGUCUAGCCAUAAAACAACCUCCAGUAGUAGUAGAAUUAAAAGCCUCUGCCUCUCCAAUCAGUGUUAAACAAUAUCCUCUAAGCAAAGAAGCUAGGGAUGGGAUAAGGCCCCAUAUUCAGAAAUACCUGGCUCUUGGGGUCCUAAGGCCCUGUCAAUCGGCCUGGAAUACCCCCCUGCUACCAGUAAGAAAACCAGGAACUGGGGACUACCGUCCUGUUCAAGAUCUAAGAGAGAUCAACAACAGAGUGCAGGACAUUCACCCCACGGUACCCAAUCCAUAUAAUUUGCUUAGCACUCUGAAUCCGGAGCGAAAAUGGUACACUGUGCUGGACUUAAAAGAUGCUUUCUUCUGCUUGCACCUGCAUAAGGACAGUCAGUUGCUGUUUGCUUUCGAAUGGGUAGACCCAGAAACAGGAACAUCGGGCCAACUAACCUGGACUAGACUCCCACAGGGGUUCAAAAACUCUCCCACUCUCUUUGAUGAAGCUCUCCACAGGGACCUCAACGACUUCAGAACUGCACACCCCGAAGUUACCCUACUCCAAUAUGUGGAUGAUCUGCUGCUGGCAGCCAACACCAAGGAGAACUGUGAGUCUGGGACCCAAGCACUAUCCGAGCUUGCUCAGCUUGGAUAUAGGGCUUCUGCCAAAAAGGCCCAAAUUUGCCAACAAGAAGUAAUCUUCCUGGGUUAUUCUCUUAGGGGUGGCAGACGAUGGCUCACUGAGCCCAGAAAACGAACAGUUGUGCAGAUACCGCCCCCAUCUAAUAAGAGACAACUCAGAGAGUUUCUUGGGACUGCCGGCUUUUGCAGGUUAUGGAUUCCUGGGUUUGUGUCUCUGGCUGCCCCUUUAUACCUGCUGAUAAAGGGGGAUGCCCAAUUCCAAUGGACCCCAGAACACCAACAGGCUUUUGAUAAUAUCAAAAAGGUGCUGCUAUCUGCUCCGGCCUUAGCACUCCCAGAUGUAGAAAAACCCUUCACCUACAUCGAGGAGAAGAAAGGAAUAGCACGGGGAAUGCUCACUCAGACUUUGGGACCUUGGAAAAGGCCGUUAGCAUACUUAUCAAAAAAACUGGACCCAGUGGCUAGUGGGUGGCAUUGCCUAAGAGCUAUAGCAGCGGCAGCCCUUCUAAUAAAGGAUGCUGAUAAAUUAACAUUGGGACAGAAGCUGACCAUUAUAGCCCCCCAUGUCCUGGAGAGCAUCAUCCGUCAGCCUCGCAGGUGGCUAUCAAAUUCCAGAAUAACCCAUUACCAGAGCCUCUUGCUUGACAAAGACAGAAUAACGCUGGGACCCCCUGCUCCACUCAACCCGGCUACACUGCUGCCGGAAGAAUCAUCAGGACCUGUCGCUCAUGAUUGUCAACACAUACUGGCAGAGGAGACUAGUGUACGAUGAGACUUAAAGGAUCAGCCACUGCCUCGCCCUGAGGUCGUAUGGUUUACGGACGGGAGCAGCUUCCUCCAAGAUGGUAAGUGGUGGGCUGGAGCAGCAGUAGUUAGCAAAACUAAUGUCAUCUGGUCCUCUGGCCUCCCAGAAGGGACAUCAGCUCAAAGAGCAGAACUAAUUGCCCUUACGAAAGCACUGGAGCUAGCAACAGGCAAAAGGGCCACCAUAUACACUGAUAGCUGCUAUGCAUUUGCCACUGCUCAUGUGCACGGGGCUAUUUACCAGCAAAGGGGGCUAUUAACCUCUGCCGGGAAGGAAAUAAAGAACAAAGAUGAGAUCCUCCACCUUCUCGCAGUAAAAGGCCCUAAAGAACUAGCUAUAGUGCACUGUCAGGGGCACCAGAAGGGGAACGACCCUGUGGCAGUUGGAAACAGAUGGGCAGAUGAGGAAGCUAAGUUGGCAGCCCUAAGCGGAGUGACCCUGUUAACUGUUUCCAUGCCGGGGAACAACAACCAGGAGACUUGGCUGCACAGGAACAUUCAGGUAACUUAUCAGCCAAGUUUACAAUUUCAAAAAGCCCAACUUUACAUCAAAGAUGUACACCAGCUCACCCAUUUAGGCUCAAAGAAGUUACAGGCACUCUUAAAGGACAAAAGAAAGGACUUAUUGUUGACUGACUCACAGAGGAAAGAAAUAGCUGAGCAGGUGACCAGAGCUUGUCAAGUCUGCCAAUUAGUUAAUGCAUACCCAUCCAAGCUUCCUGUAGGGAAGUGCUUACGAGGGACCAGACCCAGACAGUUCUGGGAAGUGGACUUUACUGAAAUUAAGCCAGCAAGGUAUGGACUUAAGUAUCUCCUAGUCUUUGUAGAUACUUUUUCAGGAUGGGUUGAAGUCUUCCCCACAAAGAAAGAAAUGGCUCAGAUGGUGGUCAAAACGAUUCUAGAAGACAUCUUUCCAAGAUUCGGAUUGCCUAAGGUAAUGGAGUCCAACAACGGACCGGCGUUUGUGGCCCAGGUAAGUCAGGGAUUGGCCAGGACCCUGGGGAUUAAUUGGAAGUUACAUUGUGCUUAUAGACCCCAGAGCUCAGGACAGGUAGAAAGGAAGAAUAGAACCAUCAAAGAGACCUUAACGAAAUUAAGCUUGGAGACCGGCAUAAAAGAUUGGACUAUGCUCCUACCUUAUGCACUGUUUCGUGCAAGAAAUACCCCCUCCGCCUCUUUGUGUAACCUCACCCCCUAUGAAAUUCUCUAUGGUGCCCCUCCUCCAGUAAGGGAUCUAACCCCAACCCUGAGACUUAACGAUUCCUUUCACACCCCCUUGCUUAACAGACUUAAAGCCCUUGAACAAACCCAGCGAUACCUGUGGAAACAGUUGGCCACUGCCUAUCACCCUGGAGAUGAGGGGACCCCACACCGAUAUCAAGUGGGAGACUUCGUCUACGUGAGACGACAUCAGGUGUCAUCCCUGGAACCCCGCUGGAAAGGACCAUACCAGGUGCUGCUUAUAACUCCUACGGCAGUGAAAGUGGAUGGGAUCGCUUCCUGGAUCCAUGCCUCUCAUCUUAAGCCUGCGCCCUGUCCAGACUCCGGCUGGAAACUGGAACAGACUGGUAACCCUCUCAAGUUGCGUGUCCGUCGUGUGGGUAGGACUAUGGAUUCUUCCCCUGACCACCAGCAGUCCUAAUCCCCAUCAGCCUGUUCAGCAACAGUGGCAAGUUAUAAAUCCCACUGGACAAGUAAUAUGGUCUAUUUCACAUACAGCCCCCUUAUGGACUUGGUGGCCGUCUCUCCACCCGGACAUUUGUCAACUAGCCAUAGGCCUCUCUGACUGGGACCUCCCUGACAUAGAGGACCCCACACAGAUUCCGCUCAACCCCAAACCAGGGCAACAUUCCCCACGGGGUCACCAUAUGCAUUAUGGAUGUCAUCGCCCUCAUCAUAGGUAUAGACUAGCCAGUCUUGAUUAUUAUGUGUGCCCAGCUGAUUUCCGAAACCGCAAGCAGGCCCGAACCUGUGGAGGGCCCAGUGACUUUUAUUGCAAAUCUUGGGGUUGUGAACAAACGGGAGCUGCAUGGUGGAAACCAAACUCCCCAGACAGCAUGAUUCAGGUAGGGCGAAAUGACACCUGGAUACACCCUAGGAACUGUUUAACUAGCCUAGUGUCAAGCACUCGCUGUGGAAAAAAUAGUCUAUGUAACCCCCUCAAUAUAACUUUCACUUCCAAAGCAAGGGGCUACCUCAGGAUGACCUGGCUUACAGGAAAUACCUGGGGAAUGCGAUUCGAUGUUUAUGGCCCCACUUAUGACUUUGGCCUCUGGUUCACCAUCCGACUUAAGCAGGAAGAAAAUCCCACAGCAAUAGGGCCCAAUCCCCUCAAGCCAGGAAUUAAGCAUCCCAAACCUCCCAUGCCUAGAACUACCAGAACCCCUCUACCAUCUCAUUCCUCCCGGUUUCCGUCUUUGCCUACUUCCCCAGUCCGGAGUAUAGCUGACUCCUCCCCCUGGGAAUUGAUUAAAGGAACUUUCACAGUACUGAACUCCACACAGCCAGAUCUCACCCAAUCCUGCUGGCUGUGCCUCUCUGCCGCGCCCCCCUAUUAUGAAGGGAUAGCAGUUAAUGGGACUUAUGCUGUGAAGACGCAGAGUUCCACCUGUAGUUGGGGCGAAAAUCCAAAGUUAACUCUCCCAGAAGUAACCAGAGCAGGUUUAUGUCUAGGGUCCCCGCCCAAAAGUAAACAACACAUAUGUACCCAGACAGGAGAAAUCAAUGCCACGCAGGGCUUUCUAGUCCCUAAAAAAGGAACCUGGUGGGCAUGUGACUCAGGAUUAACUCCUUGCAUUUCAGCCCAGGUGUUUGACAGUUCUGUAAACUAUUGUGUCAUGGUGCAAAUACUCCCCAGGGUGCUUUAUCAUGAUGCAGAAUAAUUUGAAGGUCUAGUAGGGGGAAAAACAACCCGUUUCCACCGGGAAUCAGUGUCCCUCACUCUAGCCAUCCUAUUAGGAAUAGGAGCUGCUGCAGGAGUAGGUACGGGAGCAGCCGCUAUGAUCCGGGGGUCACAACAAAUGGCCUAGUUAGAAACAGCAGUAGAUCAGGACUUGAAGACAUUAGAGACCUCUAUCACAGCCUUGCAGGAGUCUUUAACCUCUCUCUCUGAGAUUGUUUUGCAGAACAGGCGGGGGUUAGAUCUCCUCUUUAUGAGGGAAGGAGGCCUCUGUGUAGUACUAAGGGAAGAAUGUUGUUUUUAUGCUGACCAUACUGGAGUUGUAAAAGAAUCCAUGAGUAAAUUAAGAAAACGCCUUGAAGAGUGCCAGAGAGAAAGGGAAACUCAACAAGGGUGGUUUGAGUCUUGGUUUGCCCCGUCCCCCUGGUUAACUACACUCCUAUCAGCCCUAGCUGGACCCUUGAUCAUUCUUAUGCUGUUACUGACUGUGGGACCCUGUUUGCUUAACCGUAUAGUUUCUUUCCUCCAGGCUCAGAUUGGACAGGUGGAACUCAUGGUAAUCAGACAGCAAUAUGCUCCACUGGCAGUAAUGGAAAAUGAGACCCCUUAAUAAUUAUGAUCUAUCACUUUUAAGAUUAAAAGUAGUCAGAAAAAGGAGUGGGGAAUGUAAGAGUAAAAGAAAUUGAAGUUAAAGUGUAAAAGACCAGGCAUUGUAAAGUUUCUAAGCUGCAAGGCCUGAGUUAAAAAGUAAAGGACCAGGUAUUGUUAAGUUCCUAUGCUACACCCCCAAAACCUGAAAUUCCUGUAGCUGUUAGGACAAUACCUGGAACUGCCCAGUAAAUAUUCCCCCUGACCAUCUGGUUGUUUAAUAACUUAGGACCCUGGGCGGCUUGGCACAUAGGCAUCGCAGGACCUAAACCAAUCAGUUUGAAUGUGUACCCCGAUUUAGAACUGACCUAUCACCCCCGCCCAACCUGUUUCCGCCAAUGAAUGAACUAAUCAUGUUUAGGAAUUGUUGUUUGAUUUUCCCUCAGUGUAUGAUGAUUUGUUAAAGGAGACUGUGAUGUAUGCAAAGCCCCCGCCCUCCCCCAAAAGUGUACUUAAACACUGUUCAAGCCCUGCUCGUGGCUCUGGGCUGCUCUCCCUUCUUGAGUGAGCACGGAGCCCCAGCACGCUGGAUUGGAUCCUCAAUAAACCCCUUUUGCUGUUGCAUGA